UAGUAUCUGAGUUGCUGAUGCUGAGCUGUAAGCUGUUGCCCGUAAUAGCAACCCCCGUCAGUUCAACCACGCUUACUUGAUGGCGGGACACGCGGAAUUACUCUUACGUUAUAAUAUCAUAUAUUAUUAUUAUUACAUUAUUUUUAUACAGUAUUUAACUUAAUAAAAUAUAUAACUUAAACUAAAUCAUUUAAUAAAUUUAAUAAUCCGUAAUAUUAAAAAAUAAAUGUCUCGUCUGUCUCAGUACGAUAAUAAAUUUUUAAUAAAUUAAAGUAAUUUUAAUUUUGUUUUUUAAAUAUUUUUAAGUUUGAAUUAUUUUAAGAAUUUUUAUCAUAUCUCUUUUCUAAAAUUUGUUUACGUUAUACAUAUAUAUAUAUAUAUAUAUAUAUCUAUAUACCGAUGACACUGAAAUAAAUUUAUGUGAGAUUAUAAAUUGUAUUUGAAUUUUUAAAAACUAAAGUGAUUAAGAUACUCGAGAAAAAAUUUUUUUAUAGUCAAUUUAAGUGAUUGAAACUAAUUUCGAAUAAUAUGUUGGUGCGCUUAUGAAAGUUACGUAAUCGCGUUAAUUUAUAUAUUCAUUUAUCUUGGAUUUAAUAGUAGGAUUAGUAUUAAUAAAUACGCGGUUUUAAAUAAUGGCUUAAAUAAUUAUGUAUGAAGGUAAAAAAAAGAAGACUUGAUACGGAAAUAAAAAAGUAAAUGGUUUAAAAUGUGAUAAAAAAUGGUUGAGUUAUUUUAUUUAUAAAAAGUAUGUAGAUAAUGUGAGUGAAUAAAUUUGAAGUUUGAAAAAAAACAUCCGGUUUAUUGAUAAAUUGUUAUGAAAAUAUUUUAAUUAGUUAAUGUAGUCUUAUGCGCGUGUUCAAAAUGUCUCUAUGAUAGAUCUAAAGAUAGACUUUGUUUUAACGAGGUGCGUCAUAGAAAAUAGAAGUCUGGGUUUAAGUCCUAAAUCAAUGGCGAGUUUGUGCAGUCUGAUUGCAAUUAUUAAAUUAAUUGGAAUUAUUAAAAAUAUUAAUAUUAAUAAUAAUAAUAGGCAUUAUUAUUAUUAUAAUUAUUCGACAAUAAGUUAAAUAUUUAAAAUAAAAAUGCAUCAUACGUUUGGGAGCGUUAAGGGGGAUUCUAUGUGUCCACUUGGUUUUCAUCCGCAUGUACGAUGGCCAACUCGCUGCAAAAGAUGUCUCAGAGAUUACAAAGAUCACUCUGGAAAAAGAACAAGUUUAAAAACAGAUACAUCAUCAACACCAAGUUUGUCACGAUGGGAACCGUCACCAAAUAGAUCAAGUGAAAGUCCGGAGUCUAGAAGAACUUGGGCAUCGACGUCAAACUUGAUAAAAGACGAAAAUUCAUCAAAAACUCCAGUGACAACGUCAGUCUCAGCAGAAUGGAGCUCGGCAAUUGAUCUUCCCAGUCUGGUCGAGUCGUCCAAGCCGACCUGGGAGUCGGACAAGCAGCCAACACGACCUAAAAGCUUCACCGGGAGCAAAGCCGACAGCUACACAUUUCGACGUCACUCCAUUGAUGAGACGGCGCUUCAGAACAACGACCGGCCACCCGCGAAGCUCCAGAUCAAGCAGGUCAUUGAUAAGACUUCUAGUAAUUCUGAAAACGAUGUAGAGUUUAUUAUUCAGGUGAGAAAGGCGGAUUUUAAAAGGGAUUUAGAUAAAAAUAGCAAAGAUAAUAAUAAUAGUCGUGAAAUGAAUGAAUUGGAAAGUCUCAAGGCUCAGCUAAGUGAUAUGAAGGCACGAUGCGAGAGGGUUGAAAAGGAGAAAAGCGAAAUACUUUUUCGAAGAUUAGGGACUAUAGAUUCUGCUAAAACACCAAAGAGUACUGAAAUGUCGAGGCUACAAAAAUCACUUCAAGAAUUGCAAUCAAAGAAUGAAGCCUUGAAUGAGGAAAAGAUGACUCUGCUUGCGCGGCUUAAAAAUAUUGAAAAAGGCAGUGAAUCUAAAGGUGGCAAGAGCGAGAGAGAAAAGGCCACUGAGGAGCUCAAGUCGAAGCUCAAGGCCGCAGAAACUCUUUGCGAGAGUCUUAUGGAUGAGAAUGAGGACAUGAAGAAAGAAAUACGGGAAUUGGAAGAGGAAAUUUAUGAGAUGCAGGAUAACUUUAGAGAAGAACAAGCCGAUGAGUACACAGGGUUGAGGAAGACUCUAGAGCAGUCAAAUAAAAACUGCCGAAUUCUUUCCUUCAAAUUACGAAAGCUGGAGCGCAAGACUGAGCAGUUAGAGGCCGAAAAAAGUGAAUUAGAAAACAAACACGACGAGAUCAGAAAAGUUGAAGAGGUCCUCAAAAAACUUGGCGGUGAAUUUAAAAACCGAGGGCCUAAGUCCAAUGACCAUCCAUCCAAAGUACAGUUACGAAAGAUGCUGGAGGACGUGGAAAAAGAAUUAGGAGAAGUUUAUACUGUUUUUGGUGACAUAAUUAAUCUUUGUAUUGAUUCACCUUCUGCAAGAGGACAAGACAGUUCGUUAAAACUCGAUAAAUUAGUAAAAGAAAACGAAUUGUUGCAACAGAAAUUAGAUAAUGCGUUGCGUGAUUUAGCCAAAGAGAAAGAAUUGAAUAAAUCGGAAACUAAAAGUGACCCACAAAGUUUGAGAAAAAAACUAAACGAAGUGACAGCGGGCAGAGAGUCGGAUCGUAAAAUUUGGGAUGCGGAGAAAUUAAAAUUACAAGAUGAAAAAGAGAAACUUAAAUCAAAAUUACUAUCACUGUCUGCCGAAAAGCUUAAGGUUUAUAAUGAAGUUUUACAGUUGAAAAAGGAUUUAGAAACAGCAACGUCAUCGGAGAAAAAUAACGCUAAGAUGGAAGUAACUGUAAAUGAAUUAAGAAAAGAAUUAAAUGCUGAGAGAGAACGAUGUAAGAAGUUACAAGACGAUUUAACAACGUCAACUGAAAAAGAAAGUCGAAUGUUGAAGAAUGCUGCCAAACUGGAGCAAUCAAAGUCAUUAGUAGAAAGUGAGUUGAAGAAAUUGAAAACGGAAUUUGAAACUAUUAAAUCUUCAACGUCAAUGAAAGUGGCCAAAGCGACCGCUGAAUUAGCCGAAGUUAAGAAAGAGAGAGAUAAAUUUAAGACACAACUUGAAGAAGAUAAACUGACUAGAGACAAUGAACUCAGUAAUUUGAAGAAAAAAAUUUCAGCUUUGGAGAAAGCUGGCGCUAAUGCUAAAAAAAUGACUGAGCUUAAGCAAACAUACACUGAAAAAAUUACAAUCUUAGAAGAAGAGAUUAAAAAAGGUCAGGAGUUGUUUGAUGACUUGCAUACAAAACAUGCAGCUUUGCAAGAUGCGAAACGAGAGCUGGAGAAUCAAGUUGAGAUUUUAAAUAGUCAAUUGGUAGACUAUAAAAAUCAAUUAGAAAAUACUGUUGAACGCGUAAGAUAUCUCGAAGAAGCAAAUCGUCUUAAAGAAAUCACUUGGACGAAAGAAAAAUCUCGAUUGGAGGAAAUGCUCCGAGAACGUGAGAGGUCGUCGACAAUUAAUGGACAAUUAGAAGAAUCCAAAGAAGAAAUUAGUCGGAUUGUAAAAGAAAAUGAAUCUUUGAGAAUUCAAUUAGAGGACGUAAGAAGAAUAAACGAUGACUUGACAAGUAAAUUAAAUGAUUACAAUGCCGUGAAUAAGUUUCAACGAAAUUUAUCAGCCGACACUUCAGCGCUCGACGCCGAGUUACGAAAGACCAAGAGUUUGCUCGCCGACGCGGAGAAGGCUCGAAAGACAGAUCUUGCACAGUGUAAAAUGCGUUAUGAGCACAGAAUAAAAGCAAUAAAUGACGAAAUACAGUCAAUACAAAAUCAAUUGUCGCGUUAUAAACGUGAAAGGGACACUUACAAGCACAUGAUGGAAGGCGCGCAGAAGACUAUCGCCGAGCUCAAGGCAACUCGUCAACGAAGACCCUCUACGACAUCAAUUGGAAAAUCAGAUGAGGACGAAGAGUCGACCGGUACAAAUGUCUCUACAUUAGAGCAGCAGAUCAGUAUGAUGGAAGACGAGCUAUCAGAAAGUAAAUUGGAAGCUUCAAAGCUCAAGACUGAAUUAGUGUCUGAGCGAUCUGGCUGGCAGAUUAAAAUGUCUGAAAUGCAGUCAAGAAUAAAUGAGCUGGAGGAGGAGCGAAUUUUAGCAAGCGGUAGAACAAAGAUUCCAGGUUUGAAGGCACGGAUCGAGCUUGCCUGGCAGAAAGAGCGAGAAGAACAACAGAGGCUGUUACAAGAGACCGCAACUCUUGCCAGGGAUUUACGCCAGACAUUGUACGAGGUCGAGCGGGAGCGUGACAAGGAGCGUCUGGAGAACAAGCGUCGUCAGGAUCAGAUGAAGAAGAUAUUCGAUGAAGAGAAGGACGAGAGCAAGAAGAAAUUGAUCGAGUUGCAAUGUGACCUUCUGGAGCUAAGGGAUGCCCACGCGAAGCUCAGGACAAGUAACGAGAAAAUGAGACGCGAGAAGGAGAGACACGAGAGAGAAAGAGAGGAGCUUAAGGAUUUGAUUAUGAGUAAAAGACGCAUGGAACAAAUAGAAGCGAAAAAUAUGAAUAUUUUGCUGAGACAAGUUGAUGAUUUAAUGAAACUGUUCCCGGAGCUGAGUGGCAAAAUUGAUGCCGCUAAAACUCCGGAUAAUUAUACUCCGACACCACCGCGAAGAACUAAGGGACCAAAGUCACGCGAAUCUUCACCGAUGCUCGAGUCUAAAGAAGACAUUAAAGCUACGAUAAAUUUGAGCGGCAAGACAGAAAAACUUGAGUACACGAUCAGUAAACUAAUGGAAGUAGCUAAAGAAUUGCAAGAAUCGAAGAAGGUAUUGGCUGGAAGUGAUGUUUCAUCGAAGAAAAAACUCACUAAGAGAUCUAGUUCUAUUGAUGAUGACAGCGGACGUGGCUCUUCGACGUCAACUCGCUCCAAACCGACUCUCAAACGUAAGAGUUUAUCUUUAGAACAGACCUCUGGAAAAAACGACCAAUCGAUUUGGGGAACUGAUAGCAACGUUUCGAGCAUACAGUCAUUAGAUUCGGAAGUUGAUACUCGACAUUUUAGUCUUCAAAGAGACUCGAGUAUUGACAGUCGGCUGUCUGGAGGAUCAACGAAGAGCGAAAUGAUUCAGCGGGAUAAGAAAUAUAAUAAAAAUAUAAUUAGAAAAAUAACAACGAAACUAACAAAGUCUGCGAGUGUUGACGAUCCCAACAGUUCUUUCGAUUUUUCUAUACAGACUUCGGGAUCAGAAGCAAGUAUAGAUGAAACUAAAGUCGAGAAGAAAAAUUUGAAGAAAAAAUUAAGUGCUAUGUUUAAAAGAAGUUCUUCUAAAAGUAAUGGUUUGGAUAAAAAAUCCUGUUCGGAGGACACUAGCAGACCCGCCUCGAGGGCAUCCAAUGUGUCGAAGAGAUGAAGAGAUACCAGUAAUUAUAAGUGUAUGAUGGAAAUAUAAAAAAUAUAAAUAACUGAAUCUAGUUACCCUGACAUUCAGCAUAGCAUUUACCUUGUGGUCAGCUAUUAUCCUGCAUUACGGAUGUCUUUGUAUCUUAUCGGCAGUUCUACUUGACAUAAGUUGUCUUAAAAGUGUUAUUGUUAUAAAUAAAACAUAGGAAUGGUAAUUGAAAGUGAAAUGUAGACUUGGUAAUUGCUGUCACACGCACAUAAAUGCACUUUUUAAAAUAUCUUUGAUGCAUCUUUCAUUACUUUCCCAGCGGCUUAUGAGAAUUGUGACAAGGACAUAAAACGAUGAGGAAUCAUUGUGGUUUUAUUAUAAAAAUAACACAUGUAUCAAGUGCGUGUGAAUCCGGAUGACUAACUCAACACUUUAAGGUCUGCUAAAAUAAUUCGAAUAAUAAAUUAAUUAGACUGUAAAAAUGCGGAGUGAAUUCGGAUUUUACUCGGAGUUCAGAGUUUAAAAAAAAAGUUACUUCACAUGCAGAAUAAAUUGGGAGUUUGAUUUUUCAGCGAAGUGAUUUCAGAGUGAUCUGGAUUUUAUUCGAAUCCGCAUUCACUCGUAUCUGGAGUUUUAAUAUUAAAAUAUAUUUCCCUUCGGAGUGAAUUUUACUUCGAGGAGAUUAAAUCCACUCCGCAUUUACUCCGGAUUCAAUUUUUUACAGUGUAUUUAAAUAAAUAAAGUAAUUAAUU